AUGUUUCAUAUUCUGUGUUUACGUAUUACAGACCCAGGCUUUUAUCCAAUGACAAUGGAACCAAGAGAUGAAGUUGAAAUAGCUCUCACAAACAAAGAAGAUCAAGUGUUUAUUAUCGCAAAAAAUUUUGAAGCUUCAAUGACAUUUUAUUUCCCAAAUUAUACAGAAAUAACAACAAUGACAUUUAUUAAAGCAUUAUACGUGCCUCACAAGAAUUUUAUAAUCAAACUCGAUAAUAUGACAUAUAAAAUGACAUUCGAUUUCAAUUUAUUUGUUACUAAAGGAAAAAUGUGUGAUUACAUGUAUUAUUCAGAAGGGUCAACAUAUGGAUCACUCUCAGACUCUAAUUUGACAUUCAACAACAUUUGUAUCUUCCCAAUAGGCCCAAGUUUCAGAGUUACACAAUCAACAUCAUCAAACACAGCACAGAUGUACGUAUAUGAGAGUCCAUCAGAUUAUAUUUCAACGAUCAAAGACGAAUACUACUAUAUUGAUCAAGAACGAGUAUUUCUACGAGCAACAGACAAAUCAAAUAUAACAAGUUACGAUUUCUAUGCAUUUUCAUACGAACACAGUAACUAUUGCAAGUUUGGAGUUUUUGACACAAUGAGUGACAACGAGAGUUAUCCAUUAUUCGGAUUAGAUACUGUUAACUAUGGCUGCACAUAUGAAGGGAAAUUCAAACAAAUUAUUUUCAAACACAAAUAUUUGAUUUUAAUUUGUGUUUUAAGUACUUCUUUCAUUGCUUUUGUGACUUUCAUAACUAUUUAUGCAAUAAAGAAGCAUAAAUCUAAAAUUAAUAUUAAUCUUAAUCUGAAUGAAGAACCAAUUCUUCAAACACAAGAUUAA